CUUUUCUACUUUUUUCUUGCACUUUGCAAAACAUAACAAUAUUAUACCCACUUUUUCAUCCCCCCCAAAUACAUAAAAUGUCUCUGGUCGACUUUUCCAAAACGUCGCUGUGGCUGUCGCUGGCCAGCAUUACAUUCAACCCGCUGUUCUGGAACAUCGCCGCGCGCCAAGAGUACCACACACACUGGAUCACGUCGCUCUUCAACGGCGACCGGCGCAAGGGCUGCUAUUCCAUAGCCAUGACGAUCUUUGGCCUGGGCAUUCUGCGCGACCUGCUUUUCAGCGCCGCCAUGGCCGAGCAGCCCGAGUUGCCGCUCCUUGAUACGCCACUCGUGCGCCUCGUUGCCAUUUUGCUGUUCGCUGGCGGCAUGACCUUUGUCGUCUCGUCGACGUAUAUGCUGGGGAUUACGGGCACAUUUCUGGGAGACUACUUUGGCAUUUUAAUGAACGAGCGCGUCAGUGGGUUCCCGUUCAACGUGCUGGAGAACCCCAUGUACGUUGGGUCGACUAUGUCAUUCUUGGGCACGUCGCUGUGGUACGCGCGCCCCGCCGGGCUGGUGGUCACCGCGUAUGUGUGGCUUGUGUACACCGUCGCCCUGCGCUACGAGGGUCCCUUCACCGCCAUGAUCUACUCUAAGCGGUCUGAGAGCGAGGACGCCCAAAAGAAAAAAGUCAACAAGAAGAAGCUCUGAAAUAAAAAUAAUGCUUGGAAGUAAUAAAUAAUUGUUUUUUAAAAGUUUUAUUAUAUUUAAAUCGACAAGAUAGUAACACGAAAACC